AUGUUUCUGAAGCAACAAUUUCUCUUAGCAUCUGCGCAAUAUGCGAUAGCUACCACAGCAUUCGAAGUCGCUGGUGACGGCUACACCUGGCCCAACGAUAAGAUUGACCUGCUGGAACACAUGCUGUACGAACACAGCGGUUUCCACGUCAACUCUCCUGCUUCAUUUGUUGCGCCUUGUGGACGUGUGCCAUUUGGACCAGGUCGAAGUGGCUCAGCAGAAUGGCUUCGAACGGCCUAUCAUGACAUGGCCAACGCGAAUGUGGCCGCUGGCACUGGCGGCGUUGAUGCUUCCAUCGGCUUCGAGCUCGAUCGCGAUGAGAAUCCUGGCAAAGGAUUCAACGAGACACUAUUCAAUCUACGCGACUUCAUGACGGCCAGGACCUCCAUGGCAGAUCUCAUCGCCAUGGGAGCUGUCUUCGCCGUGGGUGGUUGCUCGGGUGGUAAAGUCGAGAUUCCAUUCCGUGGCGGUAGAAUCGAUGCUAUCAAUGCCGGACCAACAGGAGUGCCAAAGCCCGAAGAGAGUAUAGACAGCCAUAUUGCAUCCUUUAACAGGCAAGGAUUCACACAAGACGAGAUGAUUGGCCUGGUCGCCUGUGGUCACACGCUUGGUGGCGUCCAUGGUGUUGACUUUCCACAGAUUGUGGCUGUUGUGAACGAUACAUCUGUAGAUGACAAUACGCAAACGUUCGACUCAACAAUUGAUGGAGAGGGCGCAUUCGACAACAAAGUCGCGAGUGACUUUGUCGCAAAUAUAACUCAAAAUCCGCUAGCAUUUGGUCAUAAUGUUACUACGCGAUCGGACGCUCGUAUCUUUAAUUCAGAUGGUGGUGUUUUGAUAAAGAAGAUGGCGGCGUCCAACGAGUUCUUCUUGCAGACUUGCCAGUCUCUCCUCGAGCGUAUGAUCAACACUGUACCAAAGUCUGUUCAUCUUGGAAAUCAAAUCGACAUUAUACCUGUCAAACCAUCGAGCUUAUAUGCAACAAUCGGGUCGAGCCCAGGCAACAUGAUGUUUUCUGGAUUCAUUCGUCUUAUUUCUCGCGAUAAUUCUUUAGAUGCCGAUCCUGGUAGGAAGGUUAGGAUCCAUAUUCACCCUAGAUCGGGUGGUCGAUGUGGUGCAACCGUUGACUGUCCAGUCGUCGAUGUGCCAGAAUUCUCCUGGUCGAGAUCGUUGUACCACGAUGGGGGCUACCCAUACUUCAAAAAGUACAAAUUCUCAAAGGAGAUCCCAGUUGAUCAGGGUGUUUCUGCGUUUGACGUAGAAGUCAUCGACGCCGCGAAGGAUGGAACUGUUUCGAGUAAGCUGUACACGAACGGCGGCGGUGGCUUUCCCUUCGACGAUACUAUUGUUACUCAGCCAACUCAGACGUGUAAUGGGCAACAAGGCAACGGAAAUUUCAAUUUGACUGUUGCACUUCACGAUGAUCGCAAACUUGAUACAGUCCAGGCCCUCCUCCAAUAUCCUGACUCUUUGACUGCACUCGUCCCGGCAAUUGCUACCAAUAAGGUCACUCUUAAGAGAGUGGGAGUGGUUUCAGGCACCAAGUACUCCCUGUUUUCUGUCAAGGCAAAGGUUCCCAGCGGAACAUUCACCCUCACAUAUGAUUUAGUCGCCUCUAACAAGACUCACACUGAGUUUCGGCGAUUCAAUGAUGUGACUGAAAUUCCUUCAUGCCCUAAAAAGCUCUAG